AUUGGAAUGAGGCAGUGAACGGAGAGGCGGACGGAGACACAGCAUCUGAAAUCGACUUGGAAAAACUCGGAACAGUGCACAGCUGUGAGAGGGUCUGGCCGGUGUAUGAGAACAGUGCUGGGCCUGCAACACUGGGACGUGGCCACCAGGGGGUGCCAAAAUGAACCGUGAGCCAGUGGAGUCUGAUGGGGGCUCCGGGCAGGAUGAGGGGGACUUCAACUGGGAUGAUUUCCUGGAGGAGAACAGUUUGUUGGCAGUGCCCCACCAUGCCUUCAAACAUGUUGACCUCAGCCUGCAGACCGGCCUGAGCCCGGGCAUGAAGCUGGAGGUGCGGGUUCGGGGAGAGGCUGACGCGGGCUACUGGCUCGCCAGCAUCGUCACCACCUGCAGCCAGCUGCUGCUCCUGCGCUACGAGGGCUACCUGGACGACCGCCGUGCUGACUUCUGGUGCGACAUCAUGACCGCUGACCUGCACCCCGUGGGCUGGAGUCGACAGCAUGGUCAACCGUUGAAACCACCCGAAGGUGUCCGGGAGAAGCACGAGAACUGGGAAUCGCUCCUGGAGACGGCUCUGUCAGAGGCUUGUAGUGCCCCUGCCCACCUGCUAGAGGGGCCCCAUCGAGGUAAAAACCCGUUGGACCUGCUGGCCUCGGGUUCGAGUGUGGAGCUGCAGGACGGGGAGGACCCGGGGGCAGCUUGGGUGGCGGUGAUCGAGGAGAACGUGGGGGGCCGUCUGCGUCUGUGCUACGCUGGCGCCGAGGGGCUACCCCAAAAACACGCCCGGCGCUGGGUCUUCUACCUGCACCCCUUCCUCCACCCUCUCGGCUGGGCACAAGAGCACGGCUGCUCACUGGCUCCACCUGCUGCGCUGCGGGGCCUUCGCAGCGAGGAGGAGUGGGAAGAGGUUCGACAGAGAAUCAGUGCACAGCCGCAAGACUCAGCCAUCACCGAGGACCUCUUUAAGGACAGACCAGCCAUCACCACCCACUGCUUCACUGAAGGGAUGAAACUGGAGGCGGUGGACCCCUCCUCCCCCUACUGCAUCAGUCCCGCCACAGUCACCAAGGUGUUCAGCGACAAGUUCUUCCUGGUGGAAAUGGAUGAUCUACGGGGGGAGAAGGCCGGGGCAGGGCGUGGCGCCUCCUUCCUGUGUCACCAUGGCAGCGCUGGGAUCCUCCCUGUGCAGUGGAGCCUGAAGAACGGAGUGCAGCUCAGUCCCCCGCCCGGGUACCAGGGUCAGGACUUUGACUGGGCGGAUUACCUGAAAAAGUGUGGUGCAGAGGCUGCCCCCCUGCACUGCUUCCCCACAGAGGACGGGGCUCACGAGCUCGGGGAGUCCAUGAUGCUGGAGGCCGUGAACCCCCUCUCCCCCGAGCACAUUCACGUGGCGGUGGUCACCAGGGUCAGAGGUCAGCACAUCUGGCUUCGUCUAGAAGGGGUGAAGCAGGCCAUUCCUGAGCUGAUCGUCCAUGUGGACUCUAUGGACAUCUUCCCCGUCAGCUGGUGUGAGACCAACGGCUAUUCGCUUCAACAUCCCUCCAAGCCGCAAGUUCAGAAGCAGAGGCGCAUAGCAGUGGUACAGCCUGAAAAGCACAGAGCUCCACCCAGAGCCACACCUCCUGACACAAUAAAGCAGCAGGAAAACAGCCAAUCAGAUGGCGCAGGACAGGGCAAUGGGAAGUACUGCUGCCCCAAAAUCUACUUCAACCAUCGCUGCUUUUCUGGGCCGUACCUGAACAAGGGCCGCAUUGCGGAGCUGCCUCAGAGUGUCGGACCUGGAAACUGCGUGUUGGUUCUGAAAGAGGUGCUGACUCUCCUGAUUAACGCGGCCUACAAGCCCAGCCGUGUGCUGAGGGAGCUGCAGCUGGACGCUGAGUCUCGCUGGCAGGACCAUGGAGAGACGCUCAAGGCCAAGUACAAGGGGAAGAGCUACCGGGCCACCGUGGAGAUUGUGCGCACUGCGGACCGAGUGACGGACUUCUGCAGGAAGACCUGCAUCAGGCUGGAGUGCUGUCCCAACCUGUUCGGACCGCGCAUGGUCCUGGAACGCUGCUCAGAAAACUGCUCUGUGCUCACCAAGACCAAAUACACUCAUUAUUAUGGGAAAAAGAAGAGCAAGAGGAUUGGACGGCCGCCAGGCGGACACACCAACUUGGAGGGCGGGGUGAAGAGGGUAGGAAAGAGGAGGAAAAGGAGGAAGCAUUUCUUCGUCCACAAAAAGAAGCGCUCCACCUCGCUGGACAACACUCCUGCUGGCUCCCCACAGGGGAGUGGCGAGGAGGAGGACUUGGACGAGGACGAUUCCCUGAGUGAGGAUUCAGGCUCUGAGGCGCAGGAUGAGCUGCUGGAUGAUUCGGAGCAGUCUGAGAAGAAGUCUCAGCCCCCCUCCCCCACCCCCACAGAGACAGGCCGGCGCCCACGCCGUCGCCGCAAGCCCCACUCCCCAUCCUAUUCCGACAACGAGAACCGCCCCCCGUCGCCAAAGAGCCCUAGGGGUGAGGUGCCGGAGAAGCUGAUCUUGGACAGCAGUCCUCUGGAGUGGACCGUGGCAGAUGUGGUGCGCUUCAUACGGACCACUGACUGCUCCCCUUUGGCACGCAUAUUCCUGGACCAGGAGAUUGAUGGGCAGGCCCUGCUGCUGCUGACCCUGCCGACUGUGCAGGAGUGCAUGGGCCUGAAGUUGGGCCCAGCCAUCAAGCUGUGCCACCACAUCGAGAGAGUCAAGCUGGCAUUCUACCAGCAGUUCGCAAGCUGAGGGUGCCAGGGAGACCUGCGACCCACAGCGGUACCAGUGCCAGAGGCAGAACUCGCACCGAUCCAAGUUCCUCCCGGAUUCUGGAGGGACAUACAGCUUCAUCAGUGCAGUUCUGUUAGGGUCUCAUUUUUUCUUACUGCUGCAGUGUGAACUGCCUAUUUAUUUAUUCUCCUUUUUUGCUUCAUCAGCUUUGGAGGUGAAACGGUAAAUACAAGAAACUAAGCACAAAGACUGAAAAUGAGGAAGGGAAGUUAGUGGGGAAAUUGGGUAUUUGAUGAGCAGGGUAUGUAUAGUGUAAUUCUAUGUGUUUUUUCCUUGUACAUAUGCUUUACAUGUAAUGGCUCUAUCAUUUGAAAGGUAUUUGUUUAUUUCAGCACAAACUAUUUGGUCCUUUGAAUUUUUUCUUCAUAUGCAUUGUUCCAGGUGUGGCCUUUUUUAUUUGAAACAGCCAACACACAAUCCACUAUUUGUACUUCUACAAUUGUGACAUGAACACUCAGUUAAGAAUAACACUGUCAAAACCUAACCAGAUAUGAGAAUGUGUUUUUCCACCGUACAUCAGAAUUAAUGUGAACAAAUGCUCUUGACAUCAAAAUAGCUAGUGUUGAUCUUUGGAUGACAAUAGCUUUUCCAUACAGCUCUUCUGUAUAGAUUUUCUAUCUUAUGAAAUGCCAUUAAUGUCUAUACAUGCAAUGCAAUAAUAUUGAUUGGAAGGAAAAAGGCUAAGUGUAUCUGAUAAUUGACACAUGGAUUUUAUAGAUUUUUUUGUUGCAUUUCACAUUUGUCUUUUGUUUGUUCAUUUCGGAAAGGGCAAGAAAUGACUGAACUAGAAAGUGUUCUGAAUGCAGAAUUGCUAUACUUGUGACAGAGUUCAGUCUGUCCUUCGACUUCAGAGAUCUGUUUAUACUAUAGAGUAUGUACUAUACUCUGAGCACUGCACAGAGCAGAUUUUUGUUGUUAUUUAGCACUUAAUUGAUAACUGGGUAAGCAAUUGCUGUAAUUUAUCUCACCUCACCUGGUUUCAUGAGUCUAGCAGGUUUUUAUUUUAAAAGAAAACCAGCCACCUUGCUACUCUCCAGGGGCAGGAGUGAAUACCCCUGCUAAUUUUUGUUAUAUGGACUGAUUUGUGUAUCAGUGCUGACAGCUUUUGUUGUUACUCAUUGAGUGUUAGGUGGUAACCUUUAAGAGCAGACAAAGCCCAGGCAUUUUCAUUGAGCAGGGAAAAUGGCACCAUUGGGUGUGGCAAUGCAGUAGUGACCUGGUUGUACAUGAUGUAACUGGAGAUUCUGCCAUGCUGCAGGCUUUGGCUUGGCUGAUUCCAGCUUGAGUCCAGGCCUAAAGCGUGAAAAGGGAGAGGCUCCCAUGUAAAGUACUGGCGGAUUCAAAAGUUUGUGUAUUUCUUUAGAGCAAAGAAGCCCUAUUUCUUAUUUGUGGUCUCCCUUUGGCACAAAUCCAUCCAGAACUAGUGUCAAGUUAAUGUAAUGCCCUUUCCAAAAUACAUUGUCUAUUACUUUAGCAAUUCAUAUUUGCACCUCUUUGGGAGGUAUGACAUUUCCCAAAUUGUAUGAGCAGUCUUAUUCGUUUUCCCCAUUAAAAUGAAUGAGGAAAUUGGAGAUAACCUUGGGAAUAACCUGUGUGUGGCAUGUUCUCUCUGCUGAAGAAAUAUGACGGCAAAAGAGAUGCCAAAAGAAACAAUCAAAUCAAAUAUGCAAUACAACUUGCAGUAUGAUUUAUGUUUUCAUUCAGUUCAUCUGGGUUUAAUAACAUCGGGGGUAGGGUUCUUUAUUUUAAUGAAUCCAUUAGUACAUGCACAAGGUUGUGUCUGACUGUUUGCUAAUUUUACAUUCCACCCACUUGUUGAGUGGUUUGUGGAGUUUUAUUUGUACAUUUGUUUUAUUUUAUUAUUAUUUUUGCGAACUACUUGUUCUUUUUCCAGUGAUGUGCUUUAUUUUCACACAAUUCUAAUUCCGGCACCGUUUGUCUUCAUGUUCCUGUUCUGUUAUUUAAGGUUGAUAAGGAGUCUGAAUGGAGAAACAGUGAUUCAGUUGUUACUGGUUUGUGUAUGUAAAGCAAAUUGUAUAUACAUUUGUGGAAUAUAAUUAAUAUUUAAAACCAAAAGACAAUAAAAAUGAAUCUCAUUUUCAAUAAGUGAUUUAUGUAUUAUCAUAAACAUGGACUGACAUAGCCAGGGAUCUUGUAUGUUAGAACUAUAGACUGUAUAAAAAUGGGUUUGAACACAAGGGGACCAUAGGGCUGGGAUUAUGGGUAAUCAGGGGAUUCUCAUUUCACUUUCAGAUCUCUCUGGUACAGUACUGAGAUUCAUAUGUACAAAAUUAUGAAGUUUAUGCAUUGUAGCUGAUUUUUUACAUGUAAAUCUGAAUGGCAUAUUCCCAUAUAAAGGCUAAAUAAAAUGCAUGGCUUUACCAAGUG